CAGCACAGAAGCUGUUUCUUGCUUCUGCUUUUUGCUCCCAUGGCAGCUAGCACAGGAGUCGUCUGUGAAGGCAGCAUGCCCAAGACAGUGAGGGAUCACCUGCUCUCUACCCUGGCUAACCUGGGAGAAGCUCAGCUGAAGAAUUUCAAAUCUAAACUCAAUGAAAUCCCACUGCAGAACAGUUAUGAUAACAUCCCGAAGGGCAUGCUGGAGAAAGCACAUCCCAUCGAGCUCACUGACAAGAUGAUCCAGAGUUACCGGGAGACCUAUGCAGUGGUGGUGGCUGUGGACGUGCUGAGAGCCAUCAACGAGAGCCAGCUGGCAUCAAGGCUUGCUACAAACACGAAAAUCGCUAGCACAGGAGUCGUCUGUGAAGGCAGCAUGCCCAAGACAGUGAGGGAUCACCUGCUCUCUACCCUGGCUAACCUGGGAGAAGCUCAGCUGAAGAAUUUCAAAUCUAAACUCAAUGAAAUCCCACUGCAGGAUGGAUAUGAUAACAUCCCGAAGGGCGUGCUGGAGAAAGCAGAUCCCAUUGAGCUCACUGACAAGAUGAUCCGGAGUUACAAGGAGACCUAUGCAGUGGUGGUGGCUGUGGACGUGCUGAGAGCCAUCAACGAGAUCCAGCUGGCAUCAAGGCUUGCUACAAACACGGGAAUUGGUUCUGAAAGCUCCUCAAGCAAUGGCGACCUCAAAUAAUUUCUUUGCGUUAAGAUGGGCUUCGUUACCUGCAAUACUCUGUGACUCAACAGCUACUUUCAACUUGGUUCCUAUUGUCAGUUACUGAGUUAAAUUCCUCUCCAGGAAUUUAUUUAUGAUUUACUCAUACAAUAAGAACAACAAUUCAUUC